UCUCCCUCUCUCUCACUCACGCCGCGAGUAAUCUCUUUUUUGUGUUUUGUCCCUGACGGGUUGCCAUAGGCUGGGUCUGUAUUUAAUUGAGGAUUGUCUGGGAUUAGAGGCCUCAGAUUGAGUUAAUCUGUUUUAGUCACUGACACCGAGGGUGUGAAGUCUGCGCCAGUAGUAAGGCAGAGUUGAGACAAAGGGAGAGAGUAAAGCGACAAUUACCAACAGAAUCACUGAGGCACAGAAAUGGAGAACCCAGACGACAAAGAGCUAGAGAGUGAUGAGGAAGAAUAUCAGUAUCCCGUGCUGGAAACAGAGGAAGAGGGACGAGGGGCAGGGCAGUGGACGGAGGCCGUGGGGGAAGGGGAGGGUGAGUUGUUGGACUGGAACGACUUCAUCACAGGGGAGAUGGAUGAGGUCCAGGGGGACCUGUGGCCUGACUGGAAGCCCACUGGCCCAGUGACACCGGAGCAGGUCCUGAGACUAGCAGGAUACACACGGGCUUACUUGUGCUCUCCUGAGGAUAAUAUUUACAACAUCAGCUUCUCGCGCUUCAAAAUCCGGGACAUGGACAGUGGUGCCAUCAUUCUGGAUAUCAAAAAACACUGUCCAACAGAGAUCACUGGCGGGCAGCAGGAGCAGGAGCCGGGGAGAUUUAUUCGAUAUCACUUUUCACCUGCUUUCCUCGCCAUCAGGGAGAUCGGAGCCACGUUGGAGUUUAUAGUGGGAACCAAAGCAGUGAACAAAUUCCGGCUCAUUGAGAGGCAUUACUUCCGAGACCGGCUCCUUAAAAGCUUCGACUUUGAGAUUGGCUUCUGCAUCCCAGACAGCAGAAACACUUGCGAGCACAUCUACACUGUGCCUCAGCUGGAGCCAGAGAUAGUUGAAGAGAUGAUAGCGAGCCCGUAUGAGACACGAUCGGACAGCUUCUACUUUGCAAAUAACAAACUGAUCAUGCACCACAAAGCUGAAUACUCCUUCUGCCCGAAGCGAGAUGCGUUCGUAAGAGAGUCCUCCUGAUGAUGCUUCAUGGGGUUCAAGAGAAAGGGGACUCAGGGAGACACUCACUGAGAGAGAAUUGAGAAUGCUGAACAAACUCCUUUAUGUUGUAGAUUCUCCAACAUCCCUAAGCAGUUGAGCUUUCCUGGUAUGUAUGAAAUGAGCAUGUGUAGAAUUUCAUUCAUGGAGUAUCUCAAUAAGACCACCUGUAUAACUAAAGGAAUAAUAAUAAAGUUUGAUUGAUGAAG